CUUAAUUCCUUAAAUUUUUUUCUGGUUAAUUUUUUCCCAAAAAUUUGGUCCGAAGAUUUUUGAAUUCGUGAAAUUGUUUUCUCAAAUCUCUAUUGAUUCCCCAUGUUCAGCGUCUGCGUUACUUGUAAUCACAAGGAGUGAGGAGAGAAUCUGUGUACUUUUUGAGUGCGGAAGAAGACUUAAUAAUCUGGAAAAUCAGCAGGGGUAAAGUGUAUAUAUCUUGAGUUUAAGAGGGCAAGCGUUACUUAGGGUCAGGUUUCAGGGGAUAAAGCGUAAUUAACCCUAAAAAGUCAUUUGAGGAAGGAGAUGGUUACAGAUUGGAGCAAGCUUCAGGCAUCUACGGCAGCUCCACCUCGAACCCUCAAUGUGCAGAAAUUGGCCGAAUCACGAGCUGAUGAAUUGCACUCUCUUCAUUCAAUUGUUGGUACUUGUCUCCAUAACAAUUUUCGUUCCCAGAGAAACAAGAGGAGGAGAACCACCAGCCACAUAAAGAAAAGAUUCCGUUAUGAUAAUAGUAAUAAUGGGCUUUUGGAGACAGAUGAGAAGAGGCUCCCUCGCCGUAUCCGUCGGACAAUUGAUCUAAAAAAGAAUCCUCUGACUGAUUUUGCUACAUCUGGAGAUGGGACCAAGAGAUUAUCAACACAUGUUUGGCAUGCUAAGCGCUUCACCAUGUCUAAACUCUGGGGAUUUUACCUCCCUCUCGGCCUCCAUGGCAGAGGUAAAGGUUCAAGGGCUCUCCUGAAGAAGUCAAAGCAAGGAGUGCUUGUGCAUGACUCAAGUUACUAUAGUGCUGUUCAGCUGGAGGGUCCAGAGGACCUCUUAUUGUUGAUUCUAAGUCAAGUUUUGGUCCCUUCUCCUUUAGAAACUUCUGAUCAGACAUCCCAGCAUAUACUUGCUGGUGUCACUUAUGGUAGUGCUAUGCUUCAUCAUGUUGGGGCAGUAUUUGCUCAACCAGUUGCUCCAGUGACCUACAUGUGGCGACCACAAAAUCCAAUUUUGACUGCAAGGGUUGACAAAAUUGAUAACAAAGAUGAGCAGCAGAGUAUAGACAGAUAUGCUUCGUCUAGACAGUUGUGGAUAUGGAUACAUCCUGCUGCUUUUAGAGAAGGAUAUGAUGUUCUGGAGUCUGCAUGUGAAACUGCAAACUUAAAUGGACGCUCAGUGAAUUGCAUCUCUCUCGAGGGCAAGCUUGGAAAACUGGACCUGAUAGGUCCCAAGGCAUUUCAGCUUAUGCAGAACAUAUUGCAUCCUCUGACCUGUUCUACAAAUUCUUGGGCUGUGCAGAAAUGUUCAGUUGCUGUAAAUAACAAUAAAUCUUCAACAACAUACUCAUGCUCCCUUCCACAGGAAGAUCAAAUUUCAACUUCAGUUAUGAUUUCUCUCACAGUAAAGGAUCCUCGUGCUAUUGCAGAAAAAGGAUUUGCUGUUUUGCCAGAAACAAAACCUUCUAAGGAUCUAGGUGCUAAAGAAACUAAUACGCAAGGGGACACAACCUCGGAGAGGAUUCUACCCUGGAACCCAGGCUCCCUUUCAUCAUUGCUUUCAAACCCUGAAGAAAAAUAUCGGUUUUCUGAAUUCAUUGAUUUGUGGGAUGUCUCCAAAGGGGUAAAUCCGCCAGUAGAAGAAAGUUUUCUUUGCAAAAAAAAGCACAGUCAGUUGAUUAAAAUUUUCAGUAUUGGUGAGAAGACUUCCAAUAAGUUAGAUGCUUCAGGUGUGAGGCAGUACUCUCAAUUAUGCCCCAUUAUGCUUUUGAAAGAUAAUUCUGGCAAAGGCUUUACAACAAGUUGGUCUGCCAUUCUCCCUUUAAGCUGGGUCAAAGUCUUUUGGAUUGCCAUUAUCUCCAAUGGUGGUCUAGCUAUAGGUUUGAGAGAGAGGCAUUGGAUCACAAGUGAAGCUGGUUUGCCAUAUUUCCCUUCAGACUUUCCUGAUACCAACGCAUAUUCUUGCUUUAUGGCAAUGGAGGCAGCUAUUGCUGAUCAAAAGGAAAAGCUUCGACCUCCUUCCCUGAGGCCUUUCAGAGUUCCACAUUUUCCACCUUGGGACUGUAUCCACUAUGGUUCUGAGGAAAGAUCUACAGUAGGGGUCACCAAAUUUCUUCCAGUUAGUAAUAACUCAAUGAAAAUUUUAAAUUGCAAAAAUUGUGAUGUAGCAGAUGUGGGAAGUCGUGGUGCUGUUUUUAAUGGUGUUGUUGCAAGGACAUCCGAUGUGCUGCUGCAUUUUGUAAGCCAUGUCAAAGAUGAUAAUUUGCUUCUAUUCCCAAAUUCUCUUGAUGGAAAGAGAUGCUUGACUAAGGUUAUGAAGGAUAAUGAAUUAAUUACCCAUCAAACAAAUGGCAUCAGCUCUCAAUUAAUGUGUUGCCAGAAACUAUGCUUUGUGAGAGUUCUUUUGCAUGCUUACAAGGAAGGUGUUUUUGAAGAGGGAGCUGUGGUUUGUGCUCCUCAUCCCGGUGAUAUAACUAUGUGGUCGUCAACCAGAUUGGAUGAUGCUGGAAAAUUUCAAGCACCUCAGUCUUUACCAGGUUCAUAUUUUGUUCAGCAGCCAUCUGGGAGAUGGGCACUUCAAGUACCAGAAGACCCAGUAGUCAGGGAAUCUUUUAGGUGGCCUAUUGGUUUUAUUACAACUGGGUUCAUUCAAGGCAGUAAGAAGCCUAUGGCAAUAGCUCUAUGUGAGGUGGCUUUGCUUGCUCGUCUUAGAGAGGAUCAAUGGAAGACCAUAUCUGUUAGCGAGAGGAGGAAGGAAAUUUACGUUCUGGUCAGGAAUUUGAGGUCCACCGCAUAUAGACUUGCUCUUGCCACCAUAGUUCUUGAAGCACAGGAAGAAGAUUUGGAAUUCAUGUGAUCCCAAGUUUCGACUGUGAAAUUAUAUUUUUGAUGGUAGGAUAGACUAUGACAUUUGGAGGAGAGCCUUGAUUCUCCUGUUAUAGUAGUUCCUUUUCCGUUUGGGUACAUGUGCCUGAAAAUUUGGUGGAAUUUUAUUUCGAAUCGAAGCAUCAUAAUGCAAAUAGGUUAUUAGUGUCC